GUCGCGUGAAACAAAGAUCGUUUCGUCCACAUCAACACGAUCUUUUUGGCUCCACAAACCAUGACAUGUUUGGGAGCCAAGACGAAGGAACAUAAGAUAGAUGAUGAGAUUCCCUAUUAUUAGUCGCCCUUGGCUGUUCCUGUUGGCAUCUGCCACUCGAUUGGAUAUGUUCCAUGCAUUCCACAACACUGUGGCUCGACCGACACACCGCUACUCUUCUUCCCUGAGCAGCACCACAGUGGAUCAACCCGAUGUCUCGCGGUUUGUCACGGGCAGUCGCCCCGCCGGUACGGAACAGUAUGUGAUGCAGCAAACCAUGGUUCGUGUCAAGGAUCCCAUCAAGAGUUUGGAAUUUUAUUGCGACAUUUUGGGCUUUCGAUUGGUCAUGUUUCGCGAGUUUCCACAAUGGGAAUUCAACGUGUACUUUGUGGCGCCCGUGGAUGCCUCUGACAUUCCUUUGUCAAAAGAAGAGCAAUGGAAAUUCUGCAUGAACACUCCCGGUUGUAUUGAAUUGACGUGGAAUUACGGCAGUGAAACGCAAGACGGAUUGGUAUACAACACGGGAAAUGCCGAUUCCACCGGAACUACCGAUGGACAGAACGUCAAGGGCGGUUUUGGACACUUGGGAAUCACCGUACCGGAUGUCUACGAAGCAUGUGCGAGAUUUGCCGAGCUGGGUUGUGAAUUCACCAAAACGCCCAAUAGUGGUGGGAUGAAAGGAUUGGCAUUUGUCAAGGAUCCGGAUGGGUAUCUGGUAGAAGUCUUGCCGCGAGGAGAAAUGAUUCAGAAACCCAUCGAUCAUGCCGGUGUGGCCGUGGAUGGUGGUGAAGGAUACAAAGAUAAUUCCAAGUAAUUAUAAAACAGCAGUCUAGUGAACUAGCUAGAGAACUAGAGAUCCAGAAGACUGAUGAAGAAUUCAAUUGUAGUAUUCAAACGGAAAGGUCAGCUAGUGUAAAUCUCCAACUCGGCCUACACUGUUGGAUCAUUCCAGUUGAACUGGUCAAGACCGCCUGAAAACAAAUCACACCCGCACCAUUUGAAAAUGAUCUAUCUGAAACCCUUGUUCGGUCAGGCAUCAUGCGUGAUGUCCUUGAUGCCUUGAGUCUUCAAUCUUCAGCAGGAUCCUUCUUGAAAGGAGCAUGUUUGACUGGACUGCAGUCCUGAUUGUUCCUUACCAAACGUGAUGGCUUCAUUUGGGAUCCAACUGUUUCCGUGUUUCCGUGAUGAUCUGGACGGCGGUUCAGACUAGGUGCAUGCAUGGUGUCUCUCUCUCUCAUUUUUUGGAA